AUGAAAUCAGCGAAUUUCUCAGGCACAGCAGAAUUCCAUCUCACGGGCCUCUCAGAGGACCCAGACCUGCAGCCCCUCCUCUUUAGACUGUUCCUGUCUGGGUACCUGGUCACGGUGCUUGGGAACCUGCUCAUCAUCCUGGCCAUCAGCUCUGACCCCCACCUCCACACCCCCAUGUACUUCUUCCUCUCCAACCUGUCCUUGGUGGACCUGUGUUUCAUUUCGACCACGGUCCCUAAGAUGCUGGUGAACCUCCAGUCACGGAGUUCGUCCAUCAGUUACUCGGGCUGCCUCACUCAGAUCUGGUUUGUCCUGGUUUUUGCUGGGUUGGAAAAUGGAAUUCUGAUAACGAUGGCCUAUGAUCGAUUUGUGGCCAUCUGUCACCCACUGAGGUACAAUGUCAUCAUGACCCCCAAACUCUGUGGGCUGCUGGUGCUGCUGUCCUUCCUCAUAAGUGCCCUGGAUGCCCUGCUCCACACUCUGAUGGCCCUGCGGCUGUCCUUCUGCGCAGACCUCGAUAUCCCCCACUUCUUCUGUGAACUGGCUCAUAUUCUGAAGCUGGCCUGUUCUGACACCCUCAUCAAUAACAUCCUGGUGUAUCUGGUGACUGGCCUGCUGGGUGUCGUUCCCCUCUGUGGGAUAAUGUUCUCUUACAUUCAAAUUGUGUCCUCUGUCCUGAAAAUUCCAUCUGCCGGUGGGAAGUAUAAAGCUUUCUCCAUUUGUGGGUCACAUUUAAUCGUUGUUUGUUUGUUCUACGGGACGGGCUUUGGGGUGUACCUCAGUUCUACAGCUACUCCCUCCUCCAGGAAGAGUGCCAUCGCCUCCGUGAUGUACACUGUGGUCACCCCCAUGAUGAACCCCUUCAUCUACAGCCUGAGGAACAGGGACAUGAUGGGGGCCAUGAGGAGACUCACCUCUAGAGUAGCAUCUCUCCUUUGA